UGGCGCGCGACCAAUAAUAACCAAGUGCGACACACUUCCACACGGAUCAGGUGACGAACCUGCGCACAUUCGACACACACUCAGAGCUUUAAAAGGACUUAAGUCUACGCCGAAACAUACUUUUUUUAUUCUGCUCGGGAAACUUUAAAGGUUCAUCAUCAUCAUGCAAGUUCGUAUCAACAGCGCUGAUGUGAAAUACACAGAGAAAUACAUCGAGUCUCGUUACUGUUAUCACACUGCGUGUGUGUGUAGAGAUGGAGACGCGCUCACUGUGACGCCGUCCAGCACCGAGUUCACGUUCCGCACGGAGAGGACGGUUCCCAGGCUGGGAGUGAUGCUGGUGGGAUGGGGUGGGAAUAACGGGACCACGGUCACUGCCGCCGUCCUGGCCAACAGACUGGGCCUGACCUGGAAGACCAAGACCGGCGUGAAGAAAGCGAAUUACUACGGCUCCCUGCUGGAAUCUUCCACGGUGUGUUUGGGAUCGGGACCCGACGGAGAGGUCUACGUUCCCUUCCGAGAUCUGCUGCCGAUGGUGCAUCCCAAUGACAUCGUGUUCGACGGCUGGGAUAUCUCGUCUCUGGAUCUGGGCGGGGCCAUGGAGCGCGCGCAGGUUCUGGAUUGGAGCCUGCAGGAGAAGCUCCGCCCACUCAUGGACCAGCUCAAGCCCAGACCCUCCGUAUACAUCCCAGAAUUCAUUGCUGCGAACCAGGAGCACAGGGCGGACCACCUCAUCAGAGGAACCAAAGCAGAACAGGUGGCUCAGAUCCGCAGAGACAUCUGUGACUUCCGACAGAAGAGUGGCGUUGAGAAAGUCAUCGUUCUCUGGACCGCAAACACUGAGAGAUUCUGUGACGUCGUUCCCGGCGUCAACGACACCGCAGAGAAUCUGCUGAACACCAUCGAGACCGGGGGGGAGGUUUCUCCCUCCACCAUGUUUGCGGUGGCCAGUAUUCUGGAAGGUUGUGCGUAUAUUAACGGCUCCCCGCAGAACACGUUUGUCCCCGGAGCCGUGGAUCUGGCCGUGCAGCGAGGAGUCUUCAUCAGCGGAGACGACUUCAAAUCCGGCCAGACCAAACUCAAGUCGGUUCUGGUGGACUUCCUCGUCAGUGCUGGAAUCAAGCCAACUUGUAUAGUGAGUUAUAAUCACCUCGGGAACAACGACGGGCUGAACCUGUCGGCGCCGCAGCAGUUCCGCUCCAAGGAGAUCUCGAAGAGCAACGUGGUGGACGACAUCGUGCGGUCCAACCCGAUCCUGUUCCGGCCCGGGGAGAAGCCUGACCACUGCGUGGUUAUUAAAUAUGUCCCCUAUGUGGGCGACAGCAAGCGUGCGAUGGAUGAGUACACCUCCGAGAUCAUGAUGGGAGGAACCAACACCAUCGCCAUGCACAACACCUGCGAGGACUCUCUGCUGGCCAGUCCUAUUAUCCUGGAUCUGGUGAUCCUGACGGAGCUGUGCCAGAGAAUCACGUUCUGCACUCGGGAGGAUCCGGUGUUCCAGAGUUUCCACAGCGUCCUCUCGCUGCUCAGCUUCUUGUGUAAAGCCCCGCUCGUGCCACAGGGGGCGCCGGUGGUCAACGCCUUCUUCCGUCAGCGCGCGUGCAUCGAGAACGUCAUGAGGGCUUGCCUCGGCCUCCCGCCUCAGAACCACAUGCAGCUGGAGCACAAGAUGGAGAAGAGCUUCAUGCGCUCUCCUGAAAACCCCGUCCAGCGACCCGUCCUCGUCAACGGCAAGAUCGACCACAUCAGCGCUUACCAGUCCGCCAAAUACAUCGAGAUCAAAAGCCAUGAGAAGAUGCAGCACUCCGUCUCAUAGAAACCCUGAAGCAUGACAACAAACCAGACGUUAACGUUUACCACUCGUUUAAGUAGAACUUUUGCAUUACAGUCCUUUACGAAUGCACAUCCCUAACUGAUUUAUGGAUAUGCAUUUGACUAUGAAAAUAUGAAUGGCUUCUGUUUGUUUAGUGAGUACUGUACUUCUGAAUCCAUGCUUUCUCAACCAUG